AUGAGGUUAAUUAGAACGAAUUUUCGAUUUUUGAGGUUUUUAUCAAAUUUUAAAAUUCCAUCUUAUACUUCAAUUUCUAACUCUUAUACUAUACACAAUUAUAUACAUCAAGGGAGUUUAAGGAGUAAAAGAUUCUUUUCAACUGAAACUGAAGUAAAUUUGGAAAAGGAGAUUGAAGAAAAACUCAAGAAAACCAUUGAAACUGAAAAGAUCCUCAUUUUCAUUAAAGGAACCCCUGAAGAUCCUCAAUGCAAAUAUUCCGCCAAAUUGAUAGAAAUCUUGAAUAAUUAUAAGUUGAAUGAUUACGCGUAUAUAAAUGUGUUUUCACAUGAAUUAUUGAGAAAAUGUGUAAAAAACAUUAGUAAUUGGCCAACUUUCCCUCAACUUUAUGUCAAUGGAAAACUCGUUGGGGGCUGCGAUAUCGUCAGUGAAUUACACACCAACGGACAAUUGCAGAACCUUUUCCACUCCAACAGCUGA